AGCAUGCGCCGGUCGCGUUGAAAAUGGCGACGAUAGCGUGUCUCUCGCGACGCGUGUCGCCGUACGCGCGGCACUUUCGCGCUGUUGCGCGUACGUACGCGUCGUGGCGUAUCGACCGCGGCCUCAGAAGGAACCAGAAGGGUAUCGGACUGCUGACUGCCGCUUCCGUCACAUUUCUACUGGCGCAGUAUUUACGACCAAAGGUGGUACACGCCUUGAAACCUCGCAAGAGAGAAGAUGAUCUGCAUAAAGCGAUAAAAUUGACUACAAGGGAAAGGAGAUUUAUCAAAUUUGCGUCAGUGGCAUACGACGGUCAACUGUAUAUGACUCCGCAGGAUUUUCUUGACAGCGUCAUUGAUGCCGAACCUCGACCGAGAUUAAAGAGGCGCGUGCUGUCCGAUGAAGAACUUGAAGUGAUGAGAAAUUCGACGGCUUCGCUACGCCAUGGAAGCACACAUAUGUUCCGAAAUUUACGAGAUAAAGGAAUUAUUUCUUACACGGAGUAUCUGUUCCUUCUAUCCAUCCUGACAAAGCCGAAAACUGGUUUCCAAAUCGCCUUCAAUAUGUUUGAUACCGACGGAAAUGAGAGAGUCGACAAAACUGAGUUUCUCGUGAUUCGUCGUUUACUCGGCGGCAGCUUGAAGGAACGAGAACUCGAUGAGCCUACAAAACGUGCAUUACGUGCCAUAAUAGCUCCGAGCGAAGAGACUAUAGGCAAGGCAAAACUUCGCGAAGCUCAUCCGAAUAAAUCGAAAGAAAUCAUCCCACAUUCUUAUAUGGAGAAGAUAUUCAGUCACGCGUGGAGAGGUCGUCAUGGAUGCGAAACCAAAGAGGAAUUGGAACAAUUGCAGGAACGCCAGAGAACGCCAGAAGAAAUUCAAGGCCAAUUCAUUGACGACGAUCAGGGUUUGCAACGACGUCACGCUGUGGACACUACAUUAAUGGUACACUUUUUCGGCAAAGAUGGUACUAAUGAAUUAAGAUAUGAGGAUUUCAAACGUUUCAUGGAGAACUUACAACAUGAAAUAUUAGAACUGGAAUUCCACGAAUUCAGCAAGGGACACGAUACAAUCAAUGAAUUGGAUUUUGCUAAAAUUUUGUUGCGAUACACAUACCUCGAACCAGACGAAUAUGACAAGUACUUGGAUAGAAUGUUGGAUCGAGCAGAGUUGCAUAUUGGUAUCACGUUCGAGGAGUUUCGGCGCUUCUAUCAAUUUCUGAACACUUUGGAUGAUUUUUCAAUAGCGAUGCGAAUGUAUACAUUGGCUGACCAUCCCAUAUCGAAAGGUGAAUUUCAACGUGCUGUAAGGAUAUGCACGGGAACGAUGCUUUCGACUCACAUAAUCGAUACCGUCUUCGCACUAUUCGAUGAGGACGGCGACGGUCAACUUUCUUAUAAGGAGUUCAUAGCAAUUAUGAAAGAUCGAUUGCAUAGAGGGUUCAAGUCUCAACAACGCAACGAAGGUUGGGAGGCGUUCAAAUUCUGCGUAAAACAAGAGAUGAAAGCACCGUGAAGAAAAAAUUGAGACGGAAUACACAAAAACGGGAAGGCGCAAGAAAAGAUAACACUACUCGCUAAUUUAAACAAAUCUUAUAAAUGCUGCAUGUUUUCCGAUAAUACUGAUCGCCAUCAAAUGAUUUCCCGUUUAUUUUGUACUAAUAUUUAUUUGAAAAUAUUGAAAUAUGCAAUUAUUAUAUAUUUUAUGCAACGCGCAGCUAAAUUUAUUAAGAUCAUACUGUUGUUUAAAUACUCAUAUUGUUAUUGUUAUUUAAACAAUCAUAAUAUAUAUGAAGCAGCUAUUAUUGGUAAUAGCAAAAUAAAAACAUACUUUUCGAAUUCUAACUAAUAAACGCGAUAGAAGCUACGAAAUAGAAAUUAUUUUGUCUUUUCAGCUUUUAUUAAGUAAUUUAGUCUUGUAAUAAUAUAUUCUUUAUUGUAUAAUUUGUGAUUAUAUAAAUGUAUUUUUUUAUGA